AUGUUCCCAAAUAGGAAACUAGGGCUUCGACAUCAGGGCUACCCCUCCGCUGAGCGCGGGCGCGACUGCGACUGCGACUGCGCAACACCAACCAUGCCCAUCCCCAUCACCAUCGUGACGGGCUUCCUCGGCUCCGGCAAGACAACAAUACUCCUCAACCUUAUCCCCCAACUGCCAAAAACCUACAAACUCGCCCUUCUCAAGAAUGAAUUCGGCGACGUAGCCGUCGACUCCGAGCUCGCCUCAACCCAGUCCAUCAGUGGCGUCCGUGAACUCCUCAACGGCUGCAUCUGCUGUAACCUUGUCGGCCAACUAAGCGAUGCGCUCGAACAACUACGCUCCGAGGUCAGCCCCGACCGUAUCGUCAUCGAAACCAGCGGUAGCGCGUUCCCCGCAACGCUCGCCAUGGAGGUUAAUCGGCUUGCGCGCGAAGGGAGCGACUUCGUCCUCGACGGUGUUAUCAGUGUGAUUGACGUGGAGAACUGGGAGGGUUACGAGGAUACCUCUUACACGGCGAAGAUUCAAGCCAAGUAUACGGAUCUGAUUGUGUUUAAUAAGUGGGAGGAUCUGCCCGAGCAGAAGUUCGACAUCGCGCUUGACCGCGUCGGGGAUCUGGAGAUUGAGACACCUUGGGUCAAGUCGAAUAAGGGCCGGGUCGACAUGGAUGUUUUGCUCGGGAUUGAUGGUGCGCUGUUCAAGGAUGCGGAGGCUGAGAAGAGUCAUGACCAUGACCAUGACCAUAAACACGAUCAUCAAUCAGAGGUGGAGGUCUUGUCUGUUGUACUGAAGUCCACUUCUGGUGCAACGGAUGUGGCGGCACUGGAGAAGUUCCUUUCUCUCGCGCCCAGAGAAGAGGUUUAUCGCAUCAAGGGCAUUCUCCGUUGUUCGAACUCGGAUCUUCCCGCCGAGACUUCGGAUGAUAUGCAGAAUCGACAGAAGCUCGAGACUCCCGGGGUGCAGCAUUAUAUUCUGAACUGGGCGUUUGGGCGCUGGACGUGCACCCCCUCUGCCGUGGUUGCCGAGUCCGCAGAUCCGGGCAUUGCUGCUCGUAUUACCCUGAUUUUGGCUCGGUAUGAGUCGACAAAGUGGAAGAAGAAGCUUGAAGCCGGUGGGCUUCUUCAAACGAGCGAGGGAGAGGCCGACUUGAGCGUGGAGCGUUUGGUCUAG